UCACCACGAGUCCGGUCUGAGAUGGGGGGGCACAGACAGGACACGGAGAGAACAGCAGCCCAGUCGGUCCCUGCUCUCCGGAGGAUCCCGAGUUGUUCUUCACACUUCGGCUUCUUUCUCGUCCGGCUCGGUGCGCAAUGUCGGAACUUUCCGUCAGUGACCACCUGGAAGGGAUCUUAUCCGACUUUGAAGCGCUGAAGAGAUCUUUUGACAUCGAAGAUGUUGACGACAUACCAUCCUUCUCUACAGCAUCAGCCGUCUCCACCCCAGUUUCCCCCUCUUCUGCCCACUUCUUCCUCCACCACAACAAAGCCAGUGAGGAGCUGGGAGGGGGUAGCCAGUCACCUUCAUUGGCCUACAAUAACAACAACAACAACAGCAGCCUGGGCCCCACAGCCCACCACUCACGCAUCAGCCUCAGUUCCAUUCCAAGCCCAGUGCUCAAGUCCCGAGCUGUGGUAAGCAGCCGGUCCUUCAACAGAGGGACAAUGAACAGGUCGGCCAGUCAGAACAACGGCUCUGCAGUAUCCAGAGCAGCAUCUUUCCAGAGCAGGUUGAACCCCAAUGGUUACUCCAUUUUGUGUGGGCCAGGCAGUGACAACGACAGCCUCCACAGCUCCACGUCCAGUCUGGAGUACUCUGGGGGAUGUGGUAGUGCCCUACCUCCUACUAAGUUGGGGGCAUAUUCUAGCCCUCCACUUUGGGGGGAGUACCACCGAACACCGCCCCAGGUUCCACAACACAGACAAGUAGGUUCCAACUUGGGAAACAACCCUCACUUGAAGAAGUUUUCCUACCAGUCAAGUGUUUUCCACUCUGAGAUGGACCAGGGCCCAGGGAUGAUACUGGGUGUACCAGAGAGUCGCGGGGAAAACCAUGGCUCCACCACCAGCCUAGACCUCCAAAGUUGUGAUGGAGGGGGAGGAAUGGUCGGUAUGCAAAGCGUUGAAAGUGGAGGACAGAUUUCUCCUAGGUUAGGGCAUAUCAAUGCUAAUGCUAACUGGAAUAGUCUAAAUAAUGCCAGUUCUUUUGGGGAGGAGGGAUACAGUUGCUCCAAAAAGCACUACCAACCAGUAGAGACCCAGGUCCUGAAGACUCCCCAGCCAAAGGCCAAAGAGACUUUACGUCUCAACAAGUUUCCCUUGGAUCUGGACAACUUGGUAAGCAGCACCACUCCCACCAAGACUCAAGGAGGAUUCCUAAGCCCCAACACCCCCAAGCCUCCUCCAAGGAGUACAGGAGGCCUUCAGCACCACACCAGUUCACCAUCCACCUCGACCAGCCCUUCAGCCUCUCUGAGCAGCCUGGAUGGUGCUUCUGACACCCCUCCCCUCUCCCUCCACCACCCUUUUUUCCCUUUCUCUCCACGUUCUGUACCACAAUUGGGAUCAAUGCCCUUCUCAGAGAUGAUCUGCUCCCAAGGGUCCCUUUCUCAUGCCGAGAUCCCCCAGCAGAAGUUUCUCUCAGGGCCCCAAGUUGCCGAGGUGGUCCCCACCCUGCCUACCCCUUCCAGUCCCUUCAGCCCCAGAACCAUUUGGUCUGUGGCGGAUAGCCACGGUGAUGCCAGAGAUAGCGUAGGCUCAAUCUUACAAAGGAUCGCUUCCUUCUCCCAGCAUGCUGUUACUGAUACCACCCCAGCUGCGUUGACCCAGUCCCCUACAGUUCAAAGCAAUGGUGGGUUGUCAUCUGACAUUGGCUGUCCAGCUGCAACCAUUCUCAUGCCCACACGUAAAGAAGGGAAGAAACAACAAGAGACUGCUGCACAGCUGGAUACGCACCUGCACAGCCCAAUGGAGGAAAGACAGGAGAUGGAGAGGGGCAUCAUGGGACAAGAAGAUCAGGUCAAGUGCCAAGAACAACCGGCCAGUCCGAAGACACAGAAUUCUAAGACGGCGAAAGGGGAGAAGGGAAUGGAGGAGGGAGAAAUGAGGAAAGAAACUGGGUUGGAGAUGGACCUAGAGGCCCAGGGGAAGGUGGAGCUGUGCCCGUCUGUGCAAGACCUGCAGAUGAGCUACAUCCAAGGCACUGACCUGUUUGGGUACGUGGGUAUCGAGGCGGUGCUGGACCAGAUGAGGCGCAAGACCAUUAAAGCCGGCCUGGAGUUUAACAUCAUGGUGGUUGGUCAGAGUGGUUUGGGUAAAUCCACGCUGGUCAACACUCUGUUCAAGUCCAAAGUCAGCCGGAAGUCCUGCAUGCCGAACUACGAAGAAAAAAUCUCCAAAACAGUCAAGCUGCAUUCAGUCAGCCAUGUCAUUGAGGAGAAAGGUGUGAAGAUGAAGCUGACUGUGAUCGACACUCCAGGAUUUGGAGACCAGAUCAACAACGAAAAUUGCUGGGAUCCCGUAGUGAAGCACAUCAACGAGCAGUAUGAGAAGUACCUGAGAGAGGAGAUUAAUAUCAACCGCAAGAGGAGAAUACCAGACAGCAGGGUCCACUGCUGCAUCUACUUCCUUCCUGCCACAGGACACAGGUUACGCCCCAUCGAUGUUGAGUUCAUGAAGAGGUUGGGGAAGAUAGUAAGCAUUGUACCUGUCAUCGCCAAAGCAGACACACUCACCAUCGAGGAAAGACACGAGUUCAAAGAGAGGAUAAGGCAAGACUUGAGCGCCAAUGGGAUUGGUGUCUACCCCCAGAGGGAGUACGAUGAAGACCCCGAGGAGCGCAUCCUCAAUGACAGAAUCCGGGAGAGCAUUCCCUUUGCUGUGGUGGGAACGGACAAGGAGCACCAAGUGAAUGGAAACAAGGUGUUGGGCCGUAAAACAAAGUGGGGAAUCAUUGAAGUUGAAAACGUGGCGCAUUGUGAGUUUGCCAACCUGCGAGAUCUCCUCAUCAGGUCUCACUUGCAGGACCUGAAAGACGUAACACACGACGUCCACUAUGAGACCUACCGCGUACAUCGCCUCAAUGAGAGCAAAGUAGACUUCAGAGACCUGGGCCAGUCCACCUGGCCACUGGAGAACGGACGAGCUGACAAAUGUGAAUCCGACAGCCACCUCUGAUCUCCCCAUCGUCCUGCUCAUCCUACUCACUCAAUCACAUUGACAGAUAUUUUCAUACUAGAUCCUUUUAUUUUAUUUUUGCAGUAAGAGACAAACCACCAAGUGGAUUGUUUUUAAAUGAGAAAUUAAGUUGCAAUACAUACAAAAUGCAUCAAAUAUGGAUACGUAUGAAACCACUGUUCACAUAUGUAUUUACUGGAAGCAUGGUGACAAGUUGCGGGAGCAGGGGAGAAGGCGACGGGAAACAAAUACAUCCCACAAUGGUUGCUAAGCGUCUUUUUAUCUACUGUACACAUUUUACGAUUUAUGGACAGAAGUGUGGACAAACCUUUCUGUUCACCCUUUCUCACAUCUCACAUCUGGAAAGCAGCACAUUAGAGCCCAAUUAAUAGUGUCUUCAUAUUGCAGACGUGCAGAGAUGUUUGUCCAUACAGUGCGUCAUUCUUGCUGAGGUCACGUGUUCAAAGUAUAAAAUAUGACGGGAGGGACACAGAACCCUAGUGUCUAACAUACCUUUUUCAUAAAGAUGCUGGUACACAUUUAAGUGCCAAACCAACAUGCUUCAUUCAUCCAACCCUUUAGUGAAAUGUGUGGAGGAAUUGGAUCUGCUUUCUACUUGCCAUGGAUAGAAUAAAACGUGUUAUGAUGUCAUGGGUUAGUCAGGGUUUAACUUAGAGGGUGUGCAGAAGUGUGUUAGUUUGAAUAGGCCAAGUGAUUAGUAACACAAACUCCAUGCUGCUCAGAAAAGCCAUAUGCUAUUACUAUGUAGGUGUAGCUAUUCACCUGAACACAUAGCUCAUAAUCUGGAAUCUGCUUUUCAUGUAGAAAACAUGACUGUCUGACUUUCACUGAGAUCAGGUUACGAACAGGAUAAUUGAUGCAGGAGUAUGAACUAGCUUUUAUAAUUAGUGGUGUUUUUCAAUGUUUCGGUUUUUAGGUGCAUUGGACCGGCUUCUGGUUCCCCCGGUUGGCCGUUCAUUAAAACAAUCAGACAUUUACACAUAUAUGUUCUCAUUUUCUUGCUAAACCAAUCCAUUCAAGCAUCCAGCCAAUUAAACAUACAAGACGUUUGUAGUGCAACUCAAACAUCACUGUGUAGACACACCACAGUGUCUAAAUCCAGAUCAUCCUGCCUGGACACACCAACUAUGACCCAAAUACAUAACACUAGAUAUUUUCUCAUCAAUGCAAGCAGCCUAUCCUGCCGGGAUUAAUGAAAACCGUCAAUAUUGUGGAUGAGAAUGCAACAGUUAUGAUAAUGCUAAUGAUAAACCUCAUUGAACUAGGGGUGCACUGACCGCUCUGAAUCAUUGGAGAUGCUUUAGGCCAAUCAUCUGUGCCAUAAGCCCCAUUUGUACAGCUCAUUGGAUCUGUUCACAACUCUAUGCCUUUAAAUGUGUUCAGAUUACAAGUCAAGAACUGCCUUCCAGUACACAGGUACAGUACAGUCUCAUCAUAUUCAGCUUAUUUUGACGACUGCUUGUUCUCAGUAGGGUAAAUGUUCCUCCCGCCUCCUCAGACACAGUCACACAGAUAUUUCUGGUGAGAAGUGGGAGCUACGCUGUCCUUGAUGGUUGGCCUAGGAACCACUGGACCAUGCUUCACAAAAGGAAAGGAGAUUCCAUCCCACAAUUCCUAGUGGCGGCGAAAUUUAUAUGGUGACGUAUCAUUCGGCCGAAAUAAAGAUCAGGAUGUUUGGAAAGUUGUAGUUUUGCCACCGUUGACUGACAUCACUAACUUGGGUCUCCCGUCGCAUCACAGAUAGGUAGCUCAGUGGAAGCAGGGGUCAGAAUCCCUAAACACAGUGGUUGUCUUUUACUAACUAGGAGGUCAUUUUGGGACUAUUUGAAUCCAGCCUGUAGCCCUUUAAAGUCCUUCACUUGGCUUCCUCCUGUGUUGAGGUCAUACUCCUGCCACCACAGGUCGACGUUGCAUUGUGGUAUUGUUAUGGGUGAUAAUGUGAACUACUAGUAGUCGUUGCGUUCCCGUUUUAACCCAUGAGGCUGAUAACAAUAGAUGCAGGUGCAGUGUGGAUGGACACCAUUCUAAAACAGCACAUGUACAAGGAAAGUCUUUUCUGUAACAUUCAUAAAGGGUCUCUGUCCUCUACACUGAGCAGGUGUAUGAAUAGGAUAUUAAGUUGGACCAUCUGUGCCUUGGUCAUCAUAAUUGGUGAAAAAAGUUCCCCGCUAGCUAUCAUGACUAAAUACAAAACCUUCUGCGAACUUGAGAGUUUGUUUGGGAGAGAAAAAAAGCAUGUAAUAAAGCUGCGAAUUCUGUAAUUCUCAAAAUAAACCCAAAUGCUGGCGGUAUUCAUUUUAUUAUGUACACCUCCAUGUGAAAAUGUGUAGCAGGAUUCCUACUGAUUGGAUUGAAACAAUGGUUCAUGCUGAGAUGACAAAGCAUCCCUCCAUGGAUGAGUUAGGAGGAUAUAAUGCGACAGAUGCUGAGUUCCUCUCUGUGACUGUACUGCAUAUACUCUUAGUGAGAGCAGGCUCAAUGGUAAUAUGUAGGCAGCUACAGUGGGAACUUUUACUGGAAAUGAUUAUGACCACUUAAAUAUUUUCCAACGAGUGUUAGUCUCACCUGAUUUUGCUUACUACGCUGUCACUAUUCACGGAUUUUCAUUCUGAUCAUCUGGCACUGAUUCUCAGCUCUAUAUCCUGAGCCUCUGCGCCAACUUCCUCCUUGUAUUUUAUACACAGGAUGUACUAUUAGUUCCGGUUUGAUUCAUUGUUUUUUAUAGUAUUGAUGCACCUGUUAGCACUGUUGAUUUACAAAUAAAUACCUAAAUACACCU